GCAAUAGAAAAGUAAAUGACUAUUAUAAAUGUUUUAGUAGCAAUUUAUUUUAUUUUAUAUGAAUAAAAAAUAGAAGAAAAAUGUAUGAUUUACGAUGUCUGGAAGAAAAUGCAGUAAAAACUGCUACAAAACAUGUAAUAAAUAUGUUACAACGACCUGGACAUUUAGAAAAGGUUGAUCAAUAUAAACGUAGAAUUGGACGAAAAAAAUUUUCAGUAGAAACAAUGUUAAAAACAGCUAUGCAAAGUCAACUAGAUGGUGUACAAGUUGGAUUUGAUCAGCUACAAAGCUCAUUGUUAAGUAUAAAAUUAAUUAAAGAAAAAUUGGAUUCAAUUGGAGAGCUAUUUACAUUUGUACCUGCCCUUAAUACUAAGUUACAUGUAGUUCAAUAUGAAAAUACACGUCAUUCACAGUAUGUCACUGCUAAAGAGAACUUGAAACACAUAUUUACAGUACCUGAAAGUGUUGAAAGAACAAAACAAUGGAUUAAUGAAAGUAAACUUUUGCAUGCUCAUCAAAGUCUAAUGGAUCUUGAAAGUUCAAGAGAUGAUUUAUUAUAUGAACUUUAUAAAUUACCAAAUGAAAAACCAGUAGAUAAAAUUAUGCUUAAAGCAUACUUUGAGGAUAUUGGAGAUCUCUCUCAACGAAUGGAAAAACAAAUAAAAUUAGUUCUUAGUAGAACUCUUAAUACAGUAAGAAAAGAACCUACAAUUAUAGUGACUGUUUUAAGAAUUAUUGAGCGAGAAGAAAAAGCAGAUCAUUAUGCUUUACAAAGAUAUAAACAAAGCGGAUUUAUUCCUCCAGGAAGGCCAAAGCAAUGGAAAGAGAUUGCUUUUAAAGUAUUAGAAAAAUCUGUAAGUAAUAGAAUAGAAGGUACACAUAUUGACCAAAGAGCUGACAAUAAAAUGUGGUUAGUUAGAUAUCUUGAAUUGACAAGACUUUUGUUUUUGGAAGAUUUGCGUGUAAUAAAAACAUUAUGUGUUCCAUGUUUUCCUCCUUCAUAUGAUAUUGCUAAUAAAUUUGUCAAAAUGUAUCAUAUUAGUUUAUCUCAACAUCUUAAAGAUAUUAUAAAUGAUGGUUUGGAAGGAAAUGAAUAUGUAUCAUUACUAUCUUGGAUUAUAAAUACAUACAAUGGAUCAGAAAUGAUGGGCCAUCCAGAAUUGAAUAUAAAUUUAUUGGAAAUUGGAUCGCUAUUAAAUAAUGAAAUUAUAGAUGAAUUACAGAAUAAAUAUUUAAAUAAUAUGUCUCAAAAUUAUGAAGAUUGGAUGAAAAAUACUCUUGAAACAGAAAAAAUUGAUUGGUCAAGAAAAAUAAUACCUGAAACUAAUGAACAUGAAAUUUAUUAUCAUACAGCAGCUCCAGUUAUUAUUUUUCAAAUGAUUAGUCAAAAUUUACAAGUCACAAAAACUAUUAGUAAAGAUUUAACAGCAAAAGCUCUUAUUUUGUGUAUUGAACAAGUAAUUAACUAUGGAUGUAAAUAUCGACAGGCAAUUCUAGAAUUUAAAAAUAAGCAUUUUGAAGAUAGAAGCCAAGUGCCAUAUUUUACUCACCAUAUGAUCACAAUUGUUAAUAAUUGUUUACAAUUCAUUGAGUUAGCUCAACAAGUAAAACAACUUUAUUGGGUACUAAAUACUAAUAAGAAUAUUGCUUCUAAAUUUGAAGAACUUGUCGAUAAUUACCAAAAACUUCGUAAUGAAGCUGCAGCGAUUUUGCUAGAAGAAUCUUUUUUAGACUUGGAAUUACAUUUUCAUGAUUUACUAACAAUGAAAUGGAUAUCAUCGUGUAUACCAGUAGAAACAAUAUGUGUCACAUUGGAAGAUUACUUCCAAGAUUAUAAACAUCUAUCACCUAAAAAUUUUAACUACAUUAUUACAGAGGCACAAAAUUUAAUUGCUAAACGGUAUAUUUCAGCAAUGUUACAGCGUAAAAUAUCAUUAAAGAGUUAUGAUGAAUGUUUGACAUGUACAUCAAAAAUAAUAAAUGAAGCAAAUCAAUUAAAAACUUUUUUUUCAAAAAUAGCACCAAAGAUAGAGUUAGAUUCUCCAUUUGAAAUAAUUAAACGAUUAGCGGAAGUACUACGUUGUGAAGAUUCUGAAAUACUUUCAUUAGAUUUACAUUCACUAGUAGAAAAAUACCCAGAAAUAACUGAUGAUCAACUAGUUAGACUACUUGGUAUUCGAGGUGAUAUAUCAAAAAGUGAAGCUAAAGAAAAAGUGUCAUAUGUAUUUGAAGUUCAACGUAAUAGAAAAAUAUUACAGUCUGAUCCUCAUAGCAUAUUUAAACAAAUUAUUAUUCAAGAUAGCUUUUUGAAUUGGAAAUCUUGAAUUUUUUACAUAUAAAUCAGUUAUUAGGUAUAUGCAGAAAGUGGAUUAGGAUAUUAGACAAAUUUUAUUUAAUAAAUAAUGAAUAAUACAAGCAAGUCC